AUUGAUCACAACCCCGCCGUCCAUCGCCGAUUGACCCUCGACGAUACAAUGGCAAUCAUUCGCGCCGCCGUCGCGCCCCUCCGCGCCGCCCGCGCCGUUCGAUGCCCCCGACAGCCCUCCCGGGGCUUCUCCGUUACCGCCCGACGACGAGGAGGUGGUGGCGAGCACCAAUUCGAACCUCCCACCGGAUGGCUCUGGGGUGUCAAGCCCGGCGAGAAGGCUGAGCCCGAGGGCUGGGAGUGGCCCAUGUACAUUUUUCUCGGAAGCCUCGUCGCUACAGGCGUCGCCCUCGCCUUCAAACCCGACACGACCGUUUCUACCUGGGCUCUCGAGGAGGCACGGAGGAGAUUAGAGCAGGAGGGUAUCCUGCCCGACCCAGCCAAGAAGGACUAG